CUCUUUCACACCAACCAACCAAUCACAAGUUCCUCAAACAACGCUGACUCGCUUACCUAAUAUCAUCAUAACUUUUGAACUUCAAUCCUCAGUAACACCCCCAAAAUCGACGUCUUUCCCCAUUACACACCCCAUAAAUCGCCCAUCAUGUCUGCACCAUCGUUAGCAAGCUGGAUCUCCAAGAAGCCGGGACUUUUGAAGAUGAUGAAGCCCUUGGCUUCAUGGUAUGCUAAUGCUGCUGGAUACCGUCAGUUGGGAUUGAGGUAUGCGAGAUUUUACUUCCGGGAAUCGAAUGAGGGGGAAUUGGGGUACGGAAAAGAGAGGAUACGGAUACUGAUAUUCGUCAAUUUAUAGAGCGGAUGAUUUGAUCCCCGAGGAAUCCGAAGAGGUCCUUCUUGCGCUUAAGCGUUUACCGCAAAAGGAAGCUUAUGAUCGUGUUUUCCGUUUGAGAAGAGCUCUUCAGGUUCGUCAUCUCUUUGUCUGGGAAAUCGAGUAAUUAGAUGCAUAAUUGACAUUAUGUAUAGUGCUCCGUUCAACAUCAACUUUUGCCAAAAGAACAACAAACCAAGCCAGAAGAAGUGAGCAGCUAUCCUAAUUCCAGUAUCUCAAUCAACUCUAACAAAUGAACCCAUAGGAUCACCUAUACCUUUCUCCUAUCAUUGCUGAAAUCGCAGCAGAAGCCAAGGAACGUGCUGAUUUGGAGGCCUUGACCAUUACCAAGAAGUAAGGGAGAAGCAUAGGCUUAGGUGGCGUGCUGGAUAUGUAUAUUUGGGAGUGGAGGGAUGGAAUUUUAGAGGAUGGGACCAAGGCAUUGAGAGAUAAUGCUCUGUACUCUAUAACUAUGAUCAUCAAUUCAAAAACAAAAGUCACUGUAC